AUACCGACGAUUGAUUGCACUGAAAAAAAAUUAACAAACAAUCAAACAAAAAAAAAAAAAAAAAAAAAAAAAAAAACAGAAUUUAGAGGGAUAUUAAUUUUCAAAAACGCGAACGAAUAUGUCUUUUAACGUACGGGAUCAGUUAAAGAAAAAUUACGCCGUAACGGAACCGGGAGAGGAAGUGGUGAUCUCGGGAAUCUCUGGACGAUUUCCAGAGAGCAGGAAUGUGAUAGAGUUGAAGAACAAUUUGAUGAACAAGGUGGACCUAAUCACAGACAAUUCCACAAGAUGGAGACAAGAUCACGCGGAAAUCCCGAAGGCUGGCGGGAAAGUGACCGAUUUGAACAAGUUCGACGCCAUUUUUUUCGGUGUCCAUUACAAACAAGCUCACACCAUGGACCCUAUGUGCCGGUUGUUGAUGGAACACGCUUACGAGGCGGUUAUCGAUGCAGGGAUAAAUCCCAAACUGUUCAAGGGUAGCAAUACCGGAGUAGUUAUAGGAUCUUGCGUCAGCGAGUCGGAAAAGACUUGGUUCUACGAAAAGUUACAAGCGAACGGUUUAGGUAUCACCGGAUGCAGCAGAGCCAUGCUGGCCAACAGGAUAUCGUAUUUCAUGGAUCUGCAUGGCCCGUCUUACGUAAUCGACACAGCCUGCAGCUCGAGUAUGUUCGCCCUGGAUCAAGCUUACAGGUUGAUUCGAAAUGGAACGUGCGACGCUGUGAUCGUGGGUGGCUCCAAUCUCUGCCUUCAUCCCUACGUAUCUCUUCAAUUCUCUCGUCUCGGAGUGUUAUCUCCGGAUUGUCGAUGCAAAAGUUUCGACGUGAGGGCGAACGGUUACGGGCGAAGCGAGGCGGUGAGCGUGGUCCUGUUGCAAAAGGCGAAGCACGCGAAGAGGAUCUACGCGGAGCUCAUCUACACGAAGACCAACUGCGAUGGAUACAAGGAGCAGGGGAUCACGUUCCCCGCCUGCGAGAUACAGAAACAGCUUCUCACGGAUUUCUACAACGAGUGCAACAUAUCGCCCGACAAGUUGGCCUUCUUGGAGGCUCAUGGCACGGGGACCGCGAUCGGUGAUCCCGAAGAGUUGAACGCUAUCGAUAAAGUCCUCUGCCAGAACAGAACCACUCCUCUUAAGAUUGGUACGAUCAAGUCGAACAUAGGGCACAGCGAACCCGCCAGUGGCGUUUGCUCCAUAGCCAAGGUAAUCAUCGCGAUGGAAAGCGGGAUAAUACCGCCGAACAUAAACUUCACGAGUCCUAUGAAGGGUGUCAAGUGCAUCGAGGAGGGGAGAGUCAAAGUGAUCACGGAGCCGACCCCAUGGGAGGGUGGUUACGUGGGGAUAAACUCGUUUGGUUUCGGGGGCGCCAACGGCCACGCGCUCUUGAAGUCGUACGCGAAAGAGAAAGUGAGGAACGGGGCGCCUUCCGACGAUUUGCCGAGAUUGGUGGUCGUGUCCGGCCGGACCGAAGAGGCGUUGGAGGUUCUCCUCGGUCAUAUUGAAAGCAUACCAGUAGACGUGGAGUACAUCCGACUCUUGUACAACGUUUAUUCCGAAAAUAUAUCCGGUUACAUGUUCAGAGGGUACACUAUAGUCGGGUCCAAGAUAUCCGAGAAACCGUCGAGGCAGAUCCAAGAAUACUCGAACGUAAAAAGACCGAUUUGGUUUGUCUUCUCUGGAAUGGGGUCUCAAUGGGCCGGAAUGGGCGAAGCAUUGAUGAGGUUCCCCAUCUUCGCCAAGGCCAUCCACAAGUGUGACAAAGUGUUGAAGCCGCACGGUAUCGACAUCGUCGACAUAAUCACUAACAAGGAUAAAAAGGUUUUCGAUAACAUUUUGAAUUCGUUCGUCGGGAUCGCUGCUAUUCAGAUUGGCCUGGUUGAUCUGUUAAUGAGCGUGGGUAUCGAGCCGGAUAACAUGAUUGGCCAUUCGGUCGGAGAACUCGGUUGUGCUUACGCGGACGGAUGUUUCACGGCCGAACAAAUGAUACUCGCGGCCCAUUCCAGAGGUUUAGCUUCGAUCGAGACCAAAAUGAUCCAAGGAUCCAUGGCGGCGAUCGGCCUCGGAUACGAGGAGAUCAAGAACAUAUGCCCGCCCGACAUCGAAGUCGCUUGCCACAACGGGCCCGACAGCUGCACGAUAAGCGGCCCAAUUCAAUCCAUGAAGGAAUUUGUGGCCAAGUUACAGGCCAAGAACAUCUUCGCGAAAGAGGUGCCGUGCAGCAAUAUAGCUUACCACAGUCGUUACAUCGCGGAUGCUGGGCCCAAGUUAUUGUCGUACCUGAAGAAAGUUAUCCCGAAUCCGAAGGCAAGAAGUUCCAAGUGGGUGAGCACCUCCGUGCCGCAAAGCCAGUGGCACACGGAAGCUGCCAAGUACUCUUCAGCCGAGUAUCACACGAAUAACUUGUUGAACUCGGUCCUGUUCGCUGAAACGGCGACCAUGAUCCCGUCCGACGCCAUAACCAUCGAGAUAGCGCCUCACGGCCUCCUCCAGGCAAUUUUGAAAAGAUCGUUGGAUCAGAACGUGAUAAACAUUUCCUUGAUGCACAGAAAUCACAAGGACAACGCGGAAUACUUUUUGCAAGCGCUAGGAAAAUUGUACAACAUUGGCCUCCAGCUGCAACUCGCCAAUAUUUAUCCCCACGUAGAGUUCCCCGUUAGCCGUGGCACCCCCAUGAUCUCUCCUUACAUCAGAUGGGAGCACUCGGAGGAUUGGUACGUGGAAAUAAAUACUCAACGCGAAAGGAUCAGCACAGCUGAGCGAACGAUCGAAAUUAACCUCAAAGAUGAAAAUUACGAAUACAUAAUGUAUCACGUUAUCGAUGGAAGAAACUUGAUCCCUGCCAUGGGGUAUCUGGUCAUGGUUUGGGACAUGUUUAGUUUGAUGGAAGGGAAAUUUUGCGACGAUAUGCCGGUCGUGUUUGAAGAUAUCAGAUUCGAACGUGCAACGAGCAUUUCCUCGACCGGUACCGUUUCCUUGAAGAUCAUAAUUCAGAAAGGAUCCGGAAGAUUCGAGAUAACGGAGGGAUCUGCAAUAGUAGCGACGGGUACGAUCCGGCUAGAGUUGAAUCCCAAACAAGAGAUGAUCGAGGAAAAGUUUCUGACCAAGAUCGAGGACGAAGAAGUUCUGACCAGCAACGAUAUAUACACGGAGUUAAGGCUUCGCGGUUACGAGUAUGCGGGCCCUUUCUGUUCGUUGAAAAGCUCCUCUCUCAAAGGAACGAGGGGGCAUAUCGCCUGGAUGAAGAAUUGGGCCGUGUUUAUGGAUAACAUGUUACAAAUGAAGAUACUAGGUUUCGAUACUAGAGCGUUGUACGUACCGACUGGGAUUCGAAAGAUGGUCAUCGACACGAAGUUUCACAACGAGAUUGCUCGGCACCUUACCGAGGAGAACAAUAUGAUCCCAGUCACCGUGUACCACGAUUACGACAUGAUAAUGGCGGGCGGGAUCGAGAUUCGCGGACUAAAGGCGAACGUUAUUCAACGGCGGAAACAAAAAGACGAGCCUACCCUGGAAGAGUACAAAUUCGUGGCGAACCGUGACAGAGCUGAGACAUCGAUAGAGGAGAUGAUCAUUUUGUCCACCCAUAUCGCGUUGGAGUGUCACAAUGUAAGAAAUCCAAAAAUUCUCGAAUUGGUACGGCAGAACGACCAAGUUCAAUCGGCCGAGGAGCCCUUGAUCCCUAUCGUCUCCAAGGCGUUGAGCAACAUCGCCAUGAUACAUCCGAGCCUGAUCCUGGCCGCAGACCCGAAACAACGCGAGAAAUUCUUGUUUUCCGAGCACGUGGCAAUGAUCGAGCCGAGCAAAUUGCCGGAGGACGGCAGUGUUUUCAUGGUAAUCGGCCACGACGUUAUGACAAACAAGAGGAUGGACAUCUUGGAACAAUUUUUGCUCGCGAUAAGCAACCACGGUUUCAUCCUGCUUCGGGAGAGCGUGGUAAACGAGGAUAUUUUCUCGUCCCUUCGCAACUACAAUCUCAACAUCGUGAUGGAGAAGAGUUGCGAGGACAGGAUCUGGUUGCUCGUGAAGAAAGCUGUGGAGAAGAGGCCGGGUCAAAGGACGAAGGUGGUUUACGCGAAGAACGACGAGUUCGGUUGGGUGGAGGAAGUGAAGCGAGCGAUGAACAAGGAUAAAGACGUCAUCAACGAAACGAGCAGAUUGAUAUUAGUCGCUCAAGGGGAUCUCGAGAAUGGCGUUCAAGGUUUGGCCAAGUGCUUGGCGCAAGAGCCCAACGGGGAAAUUGUGAGGACCGUGAUAAUCCAGGACGAGAAUGCGCCCAACUUCUCGUUGGACGAUCCGUUCUAUUCCGAACAGAUCGAUAUAGAUCUGGUUUACAACGUUUUGAGGCCAGGAAAGAUCUGGGGCACGUACAGGCACCUGCCUUAUCCGGAGAUGAAGCCAACUUUGAUUCCUCACGCCUACGCCGAUCUGAGGGUAAGAGGAGAUCUGAGUUCUCUUCAGUGGAUAGAGGGCUCGAUUCAACCAGACCAGAGGGACGUGGUCAAAGUGGUAUACGCCUCUUUGAACUUCAGAGAUGUGAUGUUGGCCACUGGAAAAUUGAUGCCGGAGACCAUAAUGAAAUCCAGAAUGGACAAUUGUUUCAUCGGUUUCGAGUUCUGCGGGAUCGACGCAAAUGGGCGACGAGUGAUGGGAUUCGUGGAGAACAAGAGUAUAUCCAAUCUAAUCAGACCGCACAAAUUGACGGUAUGGCCGGUGCCGGAAGAAUGGUCCCUGGAAGACGCUGCGACCGUACCGUCCGCUUACUUCACCGUUUUCUACGCCUUUUUCUAUUUUGGAAGAUUAAGAAAGGGCGAGAAGGUUUUGAUCCACAGCGGAAGCGGGGCCGUGGGUCAAGCGGCCAUCAACGUGGCCCUCGCCGAGAACUGCGAGGUGUUCACAACGGUUGGCACUCCCGAGAAACGGAAAUUUAUCAGAGAGACGUUUCCCAGCAUAGACGACGAUCACAUUGGAAAUUCUCGGGACACGAGUUUCGAGCAGAUGGUGAUGAGGCAGACGCGUGGCAAAGGGGUGGACAUAGUUCUCAACUCUCUGGCCGAGGAUAAGCUGCAGGCAUCGGUUCGUUGCCUAGGUUACCGCGGUCGUUUCUUGGAGAUUGGUAAAUUCGACAUGAGCGUUAACAAUCAACUGGGGCUGGACAUAUUCUUGAAGGAAAUUAGCUUCCACGCGGUGAUACUCGACGCCAUAAUCUUCGGUCACAAGAGGAACGUGCAGGAGGAAAUACAUCACUUUAUCAACAAGCAAAUGGCCGAGAGAAACGUCAAACCUCUGGUGAGGAAGUGCUUCGAAAAGAAUCAAUUGGAGGAAGCGUUUAGAUACAUGGCAGCUGGCAAGCACAUUGGAAAGAUUCUGAUCAAAAUAUCGGACGAGAACACUCCUUUGACCAAACCGAUUCUUGGCUAUCCUCGUUUCAACGCUUCCAAGGAUAAAACUUACUUGAUCGUAGGCGGUUUGGGAGGAUUGGGUCUAGAGUUCACGGAUUGGUUGAUCAUUCACGGCGCAAGGAAUCUAGUGAUAGUCUCUCGAAACGGAAUCCGAACUGGUUACCAAAGAAUGAAGGUGGAGACGUGGAAGCUUUACGGUAUUAACGUUUCCAUCCUCUCCGGCAUGGAUGCAACGAAAUUAGAGGACUGCGAGUAUAUACUGAGAACGGCAGAGAAACAGGCGCCAGUGGAUGGUAUAUUCAACCUGGCAGGCUUGUUGAGGGACGGUUUCAUCGUGAAUCAAACCGUGGAAUCGUUCGAGGAAGUUGUAAAGUCCAAGGCGACGACCGCCAAAAACUUGGACGUGCUUUCGAGAAAGAUUUGUCCAAAACUUCGCCACUUUGUCGUGUUUUCAUCUAUCGCGUGCGGGAGAGGUAAUAACGGUCAAAGUAACUACGCGUUCGGGAACGGGGUAAUGGAGAGAAUAUGCGAGAGAAGAGUGGAGGAAGGCUUUCCCGGGAUGGCUGUUCAAUGGGGCAUGAUAAAAGACGUCGGUCUCGCUGUGAAAAUAUUGAAGAACAAACAGGUAAUCAACGGGACCAUGGCUCAAAGCAUACCCUCGUUUCUCGAAGAAUUGGAGAAAUUCUUGUGUCAGAGUAGACCAAUCGUGUCUAGCUACGUGAUUGCAAAUAAGCAAGGCAACGUGAAGGAAGUUGCGAACGUUCUUGAGGCAGUGAUGAAUAUCAUGAAUAUAAAGGAUUUGAAGAGAGUGAGCCCGACUGCAUCCCUAGCCGAAUUGGGUAUGGAUUCUAUGAUUGCCGUAGAGAUAAAACAAACUUUAGAAAGAGAUUUCGACAUGUUUCUAAGCGCACAAGAGAUUAGAGUCUUAAACAUAGCCAAACUUGUGGAGAUAUCUGGGAAGAGCAAAAAAUUAGUCAAAGUGUCGAAAAUUGAUUCGGAAAAAUUGAGCGGCAUAAAAUUGUUUAUGAAGAGCUUGAACGUUUCGAUAUUGCAAAACCAGUAUUUCAUAGAGCUUCCUGUUAAAUGUGAGAAAAAGAACGAGGUAUUCUUUAUAUCAGGUCUCGAAGGCUCUCACAUUAUUUUUUCCCCGUUAAUUCCAAUGUUAAAAGUACCUGCCACCUGUUUGCAAUUAGGGAUACACGACACUGAUAACACCAUAGAAGAAAUGGCUGAAUGUCUUUUGCCCCAUGUUUUAGCAAGGAGCAAAGAUCGUAGAGAUUUCAACAUAGUCGCAUAUUCGUACGGAUCGAUUAUAGCCCUAGAAUUGGUUAGAAGAUUGGAACCUUACAUUCUAAUCGGGCAUCUCACGUUGAUCGACGGAUCUCCCGAAUACAUAAAAUCUAUAAAGACACAAUAUUUUGCGAUAUCAAACGAAAACGAGUAUCAAAAUAAAUUCCUCAUCGAAAUACUAAGCAUCAUUAAAUCACCCACUAUCGAAAAGUUCAAAUUCGAAAUAAACAAGUGUAAUACUUGGGACGAAAAGUUGGAUAUAUUAAUUAAACACUCGACCGAGAAUAUUUUUAAGAUGUACUCGAAAGAAAUUUUAAAAGCUAUUGUAUCGUUUAUUUAUAAACGACUUUCCGCGUUGGACAAAUACGAUCCUUUUUCCUUACCACCUAUUAGAACGCCUAUUACGUUGUUGACACCAACUAUACCUGCUAUAGAAAUGGCAGAUCCAACUUAUGGAUUAAAAAAGUUGACUAGUGGGACCGUGACAGUGCAUAAAAUAGAAGGAAAUCACAAUUCUAUGUUGAAUAAUAAAAAAGUCGCAGCGAUUAUUAAUGGUGAAUCUCUUGAGGAUGAGGAAUUCUUUAAGGAAAAUUUAAAGUUUCCAAGUGAAUUGUAGGCAAAGACUAAGAAACUUUAUCGUAAAAAGUUAUUAAAUUAAAGAAUAUAUCGUAAAAAAAGGUAAUAUAAUGUAAUAUAAUAGCAUGAGUAUAUAUAUGUUCAUUCUUUAACGAUAUAUCUAUUAUUAUCUAUUAUAUAUCACUUCUCAUUCACAAAUAAAUAAAUAAAGAAUUAAAUGUUAAUGUAAUGUUAUCAUAUUUUUAUGCAAAAUCAUACAAUAGGAAACAUAUCAGAUAUUGAUAUGUCAGAUCACCUCCAUAUGACAAACAAUGGAUCGUCAUUCAUGCAACAAAUUGAAUUAUAUAUAAUACAACCUUAACAUCAUAGAACCUUAAGAUUACGUUGUAUACAUAUACAUACUGUAGAAAUAAAAUUACAUUACAUUAAACAUUGGAUAACUAUCCGAAGUGAUUUAAAAUAUCCGAAAGUUAUCUUAUAUUUAUUGAGAAAGAUUCUGUUUAAUCAUAAAACUUAUCGUUAUGCUUAUUUUUAAUCUUCAUUUUUUAUAUAAAAAAUUACAAAGAAAAUUCUAAGUUUUUGAUCUAUAUCAGGAUUAAAUUUAAAUUUCAUUAAUUUUUUAUUCUAGGCACUUCUAGACAAUUAUCCAAUAUUUAUUGUAUUACCAGUAAUUUUAUUUUCUUCUUAUUUUUAGUUGUUGUUUUAUUGUUUAUUUUUAUUUUCGUUUAUAUACAGGAUCAUGUUUUAGGAUAAUACAAGAGAAUAGAAGAUAAUUUUAAUAUGCAAAAAUA